UGCUUUCUCUUUCACUGCUCGAUAUCCUGUGUUUUCCUGGGAGGACAUUGGUUGUUUGAGGAACUGUCUUGGCAUUUUCAGAUUUGACUUGUUUGUGAGGUUUAACAGAUUCUUAAACCUCUUUCUGCUCACCCUCUUGGAUCUUCUGUUUUCUCCUGUUGGGAUUUUUCUUCUGUUUUCCCUGCCUGAUUGGCUGCGCUCCUGUGUGCAUAUCAACCCUUUCCUUUCCCCCACUCUCCUUUUCCUCUUCCUCCCAUCUUCCACUGUUCCCUGUCUCCUUGUGCUUAGUUUUUGGGCUAUGCUCUCCUCACCCACUGUGAUUCUCCAGCCUUAUGGACUGCCUGUCUACCCACAGACAACCACAUGCUACCCCAGCCUAGUUCAGGGAGGGCCCAGCCAGGAGGCCGGUCCUGGCAGUGGCGACCCGGCCCUGCCCCAGGUCUACGCCCAACCCCCCUCUUACCCGCCGCCAGGUCAAGGCCCGCCAACAUCUGCGGGCAGACUGCCUCCUCUGGACUUUAGCUCUGCACACCCCGGCUCAGAAUACCCUGAACACCCCCAGCUGAGAGUCUAUCAGGGCCCUCAGCUCGAUGGGGCCGAGACUCUGACCUCCAGUGUCGCGGAGGAUACUCUGGCCCCCCAGACCUCUGACCCCCAGUCCCUGAGUGUGUCAGUGUCAUCAGGAGGCGGAGCAGGAAGUGGAAGUGAGGAGGAGGGGUCAGGUAAGGCCCAGCCCAAACGCCUCCACGUCUCCAACAUCCCGUUCCGCUUCAGAGAUCCAGACCUCCGCCAGAUGUUUGGGCAAUUUGGCAAGAUCCUUGAUGUAGAAAUCAUCUUCAAUGAGAGGGGGUCAAAGGGCUUUGGAUUUGUCACAUUCGAGAGCGCAAAUGAGGCCGACCGAGCACGAGAGAAGCUCAACGGAACCAUCGUGGAAGGAAGAAAGAUUGAGGUGAAUAAUGCCACAGCAAGAGUGGUGACGAAGAAGCCCCAGACGCCUCUGGUGAACGGUGACAUUUCAACUUCUGGCUGGAAGAUCAACCCUGUCAUGGGAGCAAUGUAUGCACCUGAGCUCUACACAGCUCCCCACUCGUUCCCCUUCCCCUCAGUUGCCAGUUUCCCGUACCCUGUAGCGACUCCCACCUUGGCCUAUCGGGGCUCUGCUUUGCGAGGUCGAGGUCGAGCCGUGUACAACACGAUUCGCUCGGCUGCAGCCACACCUACUGCUGUACCUGCUUAUCCUGGGGUUGUAUAUCAGGAUGGUCUGUACGGAGCAGAAGUCUAUGGCGGCUAUCCAGCAGCUUACAGAGUGGCUCAGUCAGCAACUGCUGCCACGGCGACCUACAGUGAUGGAUACGGGCGGGUGUAUACCACAACUGCAGACCCUUACCACCACUCCGUCGGACCAACGACGACAUAUGGCGUUGGCACAAUGGCCAGUUUGUACAGAGGAGGAUACAACAGGUUCACCCCAUACUGAGUCACCCGGCUGUGGGGGGAGGACGGGCUUGUCUCUGUUGAACUCUGGGAUUUGGCUCCCACAUGGACGCCGCAGGAGGACAGGUCGUGAGACAUGGUUUCGCCCUCCUGUCCCCAUCGCAGCCUUCGUCUCUGCCUCACUCAGAGAGACUGAACAGACUGAUGUUGUAAAUACUGCUCUAGAGAUAGUUAUGUAAUAUAUACUGAUUCUGAAUUGAAAGGGUGAUUACUGGAGGUCACUGUGUGAGGAAGACUCUUGUGAUUUGUAUGUGGGAUUUGUCAAGUUUUCAUGGGUCAAACUGUGCAAAAAAAAAAACAAGAA